AUGCUGCUCUCGAACAUUCCCAUCCUCCACAUCAUCCCCCUGCUCAGUUGGGCACUCACGCGGGCAAUAUUGGCCGCAUUCGGGCCCUCUGCGACUGUCAAGGACCUCUUGAAGGUAGAUGUUGCCAACAAGUACAGAAUCUCAAUUAUUUGCCUCUGCCUUGCCGAAGGCAUACCUAUGGGACCAAGUCUGCGAUGCUAUAUGGAUUUGGUGAUGCGCGUGCUGGUCCUCUACACUGUUGACGCACAUGGCCAUCGCAAAAUAAUUAAGCCGACAAGGAGGCCCAAAGAGGACAGAAACCGAGAGGAGCUGUAA